UUAAUUUCACAAUAGAUUCUGGCCGCGACGGGAAGUGUAUGCUGGGAUAUGUUGUUCGUGCUGGUUUUAACGUUAAUAACGUCUCUUCUAGACAUGUCUGCCUCUGCAUAUUUGGAAAUGAAACUCAAAACUGACGCCAACUACCAAAACGUGAUCCCUCUGGACAUCAGAUACGACAUCGAGGCCGCGUAUGACGUCAGUCUUUUAACCUGCUCCUUCAGAUGUCUUCAAAACCAUCCGUAUUGCUGUGCAAUUCUGUAUAACGAAAUCUCGAGAUCAUGUCGAGUACUAAAUAGUUUUCUAGAUGAUGGUUUGGUUAUGACGUCACAUGGAGAAACAUGGACAUUUCUAACUAAAGAGCAAGUCUGUCCAAGUGGAUGGUUCCCGUUCAACGGACACUGUUACUCUUUCGUAGAGACCAAGUUUAACUGGGACGAUGCUGAGAAAUCCUGUAUGAAGAAUGGUUCAUAUUUGAUAGAGAUUGGUUCGGAAUCUGAAAACAAGUGGGUCGUGGAUUUUUUUGUCAGAUCCAAACUACGAGAAAAAUGUGCGGAAUAUAUGGAAUGCGCUUUUUGGAUUGGGUUUACUGAUCAAGCUUUGGAAGGAACGUUCUCAUGGAAACAUAACAACGAGAAAAGUGAAUACACCAACUGGGGGACAAAUGAGCCAAACAAUGGCGGCGACGAAGACUGCGCCGUAUUCACAGCGCCAUCGAUAUCUUAUAAAUGGAACGACGGCAGAUGCCCAAAACCAAUGAUGUCUGUUUGUGAAAUGAAUACAAACAUGUAAUUUUGUUUUAUUGAAACGUUAUAAACAUAUAUCGUUACAUGUUAAAUGGUCUUUGUCAUUUUCUAGACUACAGUAAUCUCAUUUAGAAGGAGAUACAUGUAUGGAUAAAGA